CGUGUACGUAAGCGCCGCUCCGGAAGUGGGUGUGGUUUCAUGUCGUGCGGGCCUGAGCGGGGAUCGUAUAAGCUAAUGCGUGUGCUUGCUUUAUUUCUACUUGGAAGCGAUAUUUCCGUUGUAGUUGCCGUCAGCGGUGUAACUACGCAGGCCUCCGCUGCACAGCGCUCCUUGCUUUUACGCAGAGCGCUUUGCCGGGUGCAUCUCACGUUCUAAGGCGCAGCGAUAAGUGUUGACGAUUUAAAAAAAAGCACAAAUAAGCGCUGCUAAAACAAUGCCGAACAGGGAGAAUUACGCAAAUGGUGGCAGCAGUGGUAGUGGCAGCGAGGACGCGUCUUCAGCGGUGGAAUAUGUUUGCCGUGACUUUCUCCGCAAUGUAUGCAAGCGAGGGAAGCGCUGUCGCUUUAAGCAUCCAGAUACCAGUGAUGUUUCCGAUCUUGGGGUGCAAAAGAAUGAAUUUGUCUUCUGUCAUGACUUUCAGAAUAAGCAGUGCGUUCGCAUCAACUGCCGAUUUAUUCAUGGCACAAAGGAGGAUGAAGAACACUACAAGAAAUGUGGCGAGCUGCCUCCUCGCUUGAGGCACAAAGUGGCAGCUGGUCUUGGCUUGUCACCCACAGACCUGGCUACUAAGGAUGAGAUUCCCAUCUGUCGGGACUUCCUAAAAGGUGAUUGCCAGCGUGGAGACAGGUGCAAGUUUCGCCAUUUGCAGAGGGACUACGAUUAUCAAUAUGAAUUCCCAUGUGACAUGCGCAGUGGGGUCCUUAAUGCUGGCCUGAGUUCUGGGGGCCUGCCUACUGCCACUGCACGUUCUUUUGAGCAUUUCGGAGGACCUGAUGGAAUUUCAGAACCCGAACACUUUUCUUCAUCUUUUCGUUAUGGUGAUCGCUUUGAUGAUCCCGUACUGAAAAGACGCCGCGUGGGAUACGAUGGGUACUACAGUGCAUCCCCAGUUGAAUACCGCAUGUUGGAGGAAGAAAACGUCAUGCUUAGGAGACGUCUUGAGGAGCUGAAAAAGCAAGUUUCUGUUCUGGCGGCAACAAAUGAAGUUUUGCUUGACCAGAAUGCUCAGUUUCGUAGUCAAGCCAAAGUGGUUACACUAAGCACCCUGAGCACCACAGCACCAACCAGUGAGCAGGCAGUGGGGACAGUCACUAAUUAUAACCAUGGCAUUGCGCAAACGCACACCACUUUAAGCAGCCAGGCACUGCAGCCCCGACCAGUCACGCAGCAGGAACUGGUGGCCUCCACUGGCGCACCUGCUCCGGCACAGACCAACGCGGCCCCUCAACUAAACCCUGAAAUUACCCCACUCUCUGCUGCGCUGGCGCAAACCAUUGCCCAAAGCAUGGCUCCUCCGCCUGUCUCCAUGGCACCUGUAGCGGUGUCUGUUGCCCCCGUGGCUGUUUCCAUGGCUCAGCCCCUUUCUCACAUCACCAUGAGUCAUGCUACUACACCUAUGGUAACCUAUCCCAUUGCUUCACAAAGCAUGCGCAUAACGGCCAUGCCUCACUAAUCUGUCUCAACCCUUUAAUUGACCAGCUCCCUGGCAGCACAUCUGCCAAGGUAAUGAGUGCCAUCCGUAUGGGGCAUUAUGCUGGUGGAGGAGAUACAUGUGUUAUAGUGAAUAAAAUAAGGAUUGGGAAAUGUGUUAUAUACACAUGAAAAGUUCAGUUUUAUAAAGCUGGGUUUCUAUUUUUUGGGGAGGGGGGGAUUUUUUUUUAAUUACCUAUUUCUUAUGCAUGGUUUGUGUUCACAGUACAUGAUCCAAAUAUUUCAUAAUGAGAAUGUCUGGAAACCAAAAGUUUCCCUUCUAUCAACCCCCCCCCCCCCCCCCCUCCUUACUAUUAAAUGGAGAAAAAAAAUAAAACCUGUUUCCUUCUGGAGUUCUUGAAUAUGUUUGCCCCCUCCAAUGGAAACUUGCUAAUCGUUUUAAUAAAAUCAGGGUGUUACAUUUACACUUUCCAUAGUUUCCAAGGCAUUUUUUUUUGACAGAUUCUCUUGAUGUGAACUUUGAUUUAUUACUGACAGACAUGAUCAAGCUAAUGUUGUGUUUUUUUUUUUUCCUCUGAAAAUAUUUACCCAAUGCAUUAAAAGGGUUUUCUGGCCUUGAGAUAUUGAUAACCUAUCUUCAGGAUGGGUUAUUGGUAUCGGAUUAGUGGGGGUCCAACACCCGUCAUGCCGUCUAGACAUCUGUCCCCUACAGCCACCAGAUGCACUGUUCAAUAGAAAGUUGUGGUGGCCUACACCUCCUCUGUCCUAUUCACUUCAGCCAUCGCUUUGAAGUGAAUGGGGCGGCUGAGCUGUAAUGUCAAUGGCGAGCAGGUGAACAGUGAAAAGAACACUGCCCUCGUACGAGCAUUGUGCUCUCUUCAAACAGCUGGAGUGCUUGCACUCGGUCCCCUGCCAAUCUGAUAUUGAUGAUCAGUCCUGAGGAUAGGUCAUCAAUAUAGGAAAAGCCGAGAACCCCUUUAAGCUUUUACAUCUUAGCGCUUGCUAUUGGCUCGCUAUUGACCCAUAUAAUAAGACUCUAACAGGUGUGUCGAGAGACAAGCUGUUGCUAAGUGUCUGGCAGUGGCACGUCUCCGUUAUUUUUUCUUUUAAUAAACAGUCUUGUGCAUUUUUAUAGGGAUGUUGGGGAGAUUGCUGUCACCAGAAUAAGUGUCCAGCAGACAACUAUACGAUGUGUAUGGCACAAGCCAUAUUUCAAGCAUGGCUGUUUUUUUCCUGUCUUUUCAUUUGUGAAGAGAACAGAUCAUUUUUAAUUGUAAUGAUUUGUCUGAGUUCUUCUAGUUGUCAGAAGCCCUCAAGAACCUCAUCUGGUAAGAACUAUGGGGAUUUUGAUCACUUCUGACAACUUCUAUUUCCAGGUCGUAUAGAAAGUCUCUUCAUAAUCAAAAAUGACCUUUUUUUUUCUUAGCACAUGACAAGCUGGGACAACCACAACUAUGCUUGUGGCUGUACAUGUAGCCAGUGUGGCUGUUUUCUGGGCAAUCUCCCUAUGGCUCCGAGAACAAUUGAGGAUGACUUAUAGUAGGUUACAGUGUAUUGAUUUCUGUACUUUGUUUAUAACCAUUGCUUAUUGAUUUCUUGCAUGGUGAAUGGCAGUUUGUCAUUGUUUGCAUAUUGUUUCAGUUCCAUUCACAUGUUACUGUGAUGUAGCAGAUAAAAUGAUCUUGUGUGUAGUCUUUUUGUGACGUGUAUAAAGUCCCUAAACAUCUUUA